AUGAGGGCCAUUUUUGUGAUCCUGCCUUUCUGCGCCGUUGUCCUCGGCGAAAAAGACAAGCUAACUACAGCGAACAAUCAUUUCGGCAUCCGGCUUCUUCAGAACCUACCAAGCAGCGGAGAAGAAAACCUAUUUUUUUCACCUUACAGCGUGUCUAUGGCGAUGGGAAUGGCAUACGCUGGCGCUAAGGGUAAAACACAAGAAGAGCUGCUGAGGGGCCUGGGUUACUCUCAGUCAGGGCUAACCAGAGACGAAGUCCUUGACGCGCACUUUCGCCAUAGUCAAAACUUUCUGCCUGGUGCUUCCAACACGACGAUUAACGUGUUUAACGGAGCGGCUGUCGACGAAAGUCUUAGUGUCCUACCGGCGUACAAAGAGUCCAUCAAAAACGUGUUCCAAGCGGAACUGCACAAGGUCGAUUUUAAACAGAAAGGACAGGAAGCUGUGAACAUAAUCAACGGAUGGGUCAAAAACAGGACGGAGCAAAAAAUCAAGAAACUUUUCAGCGAGCCGCCUCGCCCUGACACGCGGAUGCUCUUGCUCAAUGCCAUCUAUUUCAAGGGAGUGUGGAGCACGGGCUUUAAUGAGAAGCUGACGAGAAAGCGACGAUUCUUUAAUGGUGGACUCACUCCUACCGAAGUCGACACUAUGCAAGGUGUAUUCAACACGCAUCACAACUUUUUUGAUCAUUUGCAACUCGAUAUGGUCGAUCUGCCCUACAGUGGGCACGACUACAGCAUGACCAUCAUGCUGCCCCAAAAGAAGGACGGAGUAGAAGCCCUCAAAGGGAACCUCACAGUGAACCUUUUUGAGCAUCUGUUCGCAGAACUAAGGGAGAGAGAGGUAUACCUCACCCUGCCGAAGUUCAAGUUUGAGACAGAAUACUCUCUCAAGGAACCUUUGAAUAACCUGGGCAUAAGGAACAUCUUCAGCGAUGGCGCCGACCUGUCGGGCAUCAGUGACCGCGAGGCGCUGCGUGUGUCGAAGGUUGUCCACAAGGCAGUCAUCGAGGUUAAUGAAAAAUACAGCGAGGCGGCAGCCGUCACAGCCGUUGCUGUGCCCCUUAUUGUUGGUGGAGAUCUGACAGCCCACGUUUCCGUUGACCACCCUUUCCUCUUUUUUAUCCGGAACAAAGACACGCGUGACAUUCUCUUUGCGGGACAGGUGAACAAACUCUGA